AUGUUUGAGGAGGCUUUCAGCAAUGUCAAUGAUCACCUUGACGCCAUAUUCGGAUUAACAAAUCUUCUCCGAGAGACGUAUUCCAAUGAAGAAUUGCGAAUUCCAUUUGAGAUGAUCCAAGUGGCGGAGAACUGCCUGGAUGCAUGUCUUGAUGAGACGAAUCGCUACUUUUUCUUCAUGAUGCUUCUCAAUGCGGAGCGCCUUCUUUAUGAUAUUGAGCAAAUAUACUUCGAGGAGUUUCCGAUUGUUAUGCGAGAAAGUUCCGGUUGA